AUGAAUACAAUCAAAUGUUUCUGUUUAGAAUGGUCUAUUACCGGUAAUAUGACUAAUGCACGAUAUGAACACACAGCAUCUGUAUUAUCAAAUGGAAAAGUAUUAGUUACUGGUGGAUUAAGCAUUGAUUAUGUUGCUUUAAACAGUGCUGAACUGUAUGAUCCGUCAACAAGUACUUGGACAACUACGGGCAAUAUGAGUGAUGCACGAUUUCAUCACACAGCAUCUGUAUUAUCAAAUGGAAAAGUAUUAGUUACUGGUGGAGCUAACCAUGGUACUAUUAAUAGUGCUGAGCUGUAUGAUCCAUCAACAGCGCUGAGCUGUAUGAUCCAUCAACAUGGUAACUGGACAGCUACUGGUAACAUGAUUAAUGCACGAGGUGAUCACACAGUAUCUGUAUUAUCAAAUGGGAAAGUGUUAGUUACUGGUGGAGCUGACCAUAGUAUUAUUAAUAGUGCUGAGCUGUAUGAUCCAUCAACAGGUGAUUGGCCAGCUACUGGUAACAUGAAUAAUGCACGAUUUCGUCACACAGCAUCUAUAUUAUCAAAUAGAUUAGUGUUAGUUACCGGUGGAUCUCACCGUGGUGCUAUUAAUAGUGCUGAGCUGUAUGAUCCAUCAACAGGUGAUUGGACAACUACCGGCAAUAUGAGUGAUGCACGAUUUUGGCAUACAUCAUCCGUAUUAUCAAAUGGGCUAAUAUUAGUUACUGGUGGAUACAAUGGUAAAAUGUUUUUAAAUAGUGCAGAAUUAUAUUCAUUAUUUCAAGCAAAUUAA